AUGGACAGACGGACCGAGAACGGAGAAACCACGAGAGAGCAAGACUACGAGACAGACAAGCCGACUGCAGGACAGCCCUCCACGGAUGUGGGACUGCCUUCUUUUGCAGCUGCAGUGGAGAUGGAUCAAAUCAAGCUUCAGGUUGCGUCGAUGCCUCUGCAAGAUUCCACGAAUGCUCUGCGUGGAAAUGCGAUUCAAUGCGACACGCCACCCCUUCCGUCGAUGCCCAGUUUCGACUGA